CCUCACCUUAAACACUCUGGGCUGCCUCCUCUGAGGGUUAUGGAGCAAGCCGGCAGGUCAACAAACUUGCUUGCCUGACUUUGAGCCUACUGGUCCUUUCUCUCCGCCGACCUUACAAUAACUGUACCACUUUGCAUUUCCACCAGCAAUGAAUGAGAGUUCCUGUUGCUCUGCAUCCUCACCAGCAUUUGCUGUGGUCAGUAUUUUGGAUUUUCACCAUUCUAAUAGAGAUUCACGGAUCCAUCCGGGUGGUCCAGGCACCACUGGCGCCCCUCUGCGGCGAUUCCCCCGUUCCAUUUUCUGAAGCCACAGGUCAGAAGCCGCUGUAGAACGCUUUGCCAAACUCCAGGAUCUUGAAGAGAACGUAAGGCGCAGCUACCUGCCGCGCAGGCGCAAGCCUUUCUUUCCGCACAAAGACCGUGGGAGGAGGGGUCGGCGCAAGCGCUCGGUGUCUCUCUGAAAAGAACUUCAUCAUCCUGCCGCCCGCUUACGGAGCGCAACGCAACGCAUGCGCCUUGAAGACUUACGGAACUUAUUUCAUGCUCGGGGCGGCGGUGACGUGUGAACGAGAAGGAGGUGGUCAAGGAACGGAAGCCGGGAGGGAACUAGGGCGGAAGGGGACCAGGGCCGGGCUUGUGUUCGGUGCCUUGCCGGGGCUGGGGGGUUCCGAUGUGGUCCCCGGAGCGGGAGGCCGAGGCCCCGGCCGGGGGAGACCCGGCGGGCCUACUGCCCCCCGAGUGGGAGGAGGACGAGGAGCGCAUGUCCUUCCUGUUCUCCGCUUUCAAGAGGAGUCGCGAGGUGAACAGCACCGACUGGGACAGCAAGAUGGGCUUCUGGGCGCCGUUGGUGCUGAGCCACAGCCGCCGCCAGGGGGUGGUGCGCCUGCGUCUGCGGGACUUGCAGGAGGCCUUUCAGCGCAAGGGGAGCGUCCCGCUGGGGCUGGCCACGGUGCUGCAGGACCUGCUGCGUCGAGGGGAGCUGCAGCGGGAGUCAGACUUCAUGGCCAGUGUAGACAGCAGCUGGAUCUCCUGGGGGGUCGGGGUCUUCCUGCUGAAGCCUCUCAAGUGGACUCUUUCUAACAUGCUGGGAGAUAAUAAGGUUCCAGCCGAGGAGGUCCUUGUCGCUGUGGAGCUGUUGAAGUAUAGCCAAUUGGCAGGAAAAUGGAGAGACUACAAUUGGAAGGGAAUUAGAUAUCAUUUCAUCCACCCUCUUCAGAGAGUGAUACUGAGGACUGGUGAGGCUGUGACUGGCCCAGGGUCACCCAGGCUGGGCUGGAAAUCAGGCCUCAGGUCUCCUUCACAGAUGUUCUACCUCAGCUCACCUCCUCAGUCUUCCCUUGGGAAACCACAGACCAGAGAGAGGCAGGAAAAGGCUGAGGAGGUGUAUCGUCUGUAUCAGAACUCGCCCCUCUCCUCCCACCCCGUGGUGGCCCUGUCAGAGCUCAGCACCCUCUGCGCUAACUCCUGCCCAGAUGAGAGGACCUUCUACUUGGUGUUGCUGCAGCUGCAGAAGGAGAAGAGGGUCACAGUCCUCGAGCAGAACGGGGAGAAGAUUGUGAAGUUUGCCCGAGGGCCACAUGCCAAGGUCUCUCCAGUCAAUGACGUAGACGUUGGGGUGUACCAGCUGAUGCAGAGUGAACAGCUUCUCUCGCGCAAAGUGGAGUCCUUAUCCCAGGAAGCAGAGAGGUGUAAAGAAGAAGCCCGCCGGGCAUGCCGAGCAGGAAAGAAGCAGCUGGCACUGAGGUCUCUCAAGGCCAAGCAACGGACAGAGAAGCGCAUCGAGGCCUUGCAUGCCAAGCUGGACACUGUUCAAGGCAUCCUGGACCGGAUCUAUGCCUCCCAGACAGAUCAAAUGGUUUUUAAUGCCUACCAGGCUGGGGUGGGAGCACUCAAACUCUCCAUGAAGGAUGUCACAGUGGAGAAGGCAGAGAGCCUUGUGGAUCAGAUCCAAGAGCUCUGUGACACCCAGGAUGAAGUUUCUCAGACUCUGGCUGGUGGGGUAACCAAUGGCUUAGAUUUUGACAGUGAAGAACUGGAGAAGGAAUUGGACAUCCUCCUUCAGGAUACCACCAAAGAACCUUUGGAUCUGCCUGACAACCCCCGCAAUAGGCAUUUUACCAACAGUGUGCCUAACCCUAGGAUCUCAGAUGCUGAACUUGAAGCUGAACUUGAGAAACUGUCCUUUUCAGAGGGAGGUUUGGUCCCAAGCAGUAAAUCUCCGAAAAGGCAAUUGGAACCGACUCUAAAGCCAUUGUAGGACCCUCAAGUGAAGGACCCUCAUGUAAAAGAGAGACCAGGCUUGCUGGGUGUGUACAUAGUUAUUUAAACAAGAAACUCUCAGAAUGUGUUUGGAAGAGGAGGAAGGAGAACUACUGAUUUAUCUGGAUGCUACUACUUACUACAGGACAGAUAGAAUUUCUGGAAGCGAUGCUCCAAAGGCUUGCUCCCAGCUGUAUUAUGGACCUGCCUUCUCAUCUUUAUAGUGCCACAAUUUAUACAGUCCUGUGUCUGACCUGUCAUUUCAUAGCCUGCAGUUGUUGCUAUUGGCACACUUAGUUUGUCUUCACCCACCAGCUUCGUUCCAGCCUAUGAAGGGGAAAGAUUUGCAGUUUUGCCAAAUCUGAAUCAGUUUCCACUUCCCCCUGUGGUUUUUUAGAGGGGUUUAUCCUCUCGCUAAUGUCAGUUAAAUAACUUACUCUGCCCCACUUGAUUUCACUGGUAAGAGAAGAAUGAGAAUGAAACACUUCAAGGUUUUAUUUGAGGGGACUUAGCUGCCAUUUUAUGGAGAAACAUGUAGUGUAAAAGGUUUUUCUCUAGGGUCAUUUGUCAGAAUUCUCCAGGUGUUCAGAGAAAGAGGUCGCCCCAAGUGGCCCAGAGUCAUGACAGUCCGGAGGGGCUGGUGUGGCCGGUGGGCGCUGCCUCUUCAUCCGAUGCAGCAGGAGGUCCGCUGGUGGGGGAAAGCUUCUUCCGAGGCCUCUGCACUCGCCUGGGAAGAGGCCCAGUCACUACAGGACCCCGAGAUGUCCAGACCCCUUAUACUUUUUUAAAGAGGCGAAACUGUGGCCUUGGCCCCAUCAUGGGAUAACUUAAAAAUACAUACCUAUCUUCCAGAACAAGCCACACAACAACACACCUCCCCUCCUUGAGCCUGGCGCACAGCACCGGGCUCUGUGAAUUUGAAAAGCGUUUUACUUUGUGGCCUACUGCUCGGGGCAGGGGAGCUGAGCCAGGAUGUGCAAUAGAAGCAGGGGCUGUGCCUUCUGCCAGAUCUGCCGGGAGCUACCUGGGCCACCCGUGCACCUGUCCUGCUUCCUGCAGUCCCCGCUCCCUGCCUCCUCUGAGGGACUGGGCAGGGCGGGGUAGGGGGAUAGACAGGAAAGGGUCUGAAUGCUCUGGCAACGGUGAGAAGAAACGAUAGCCACAAUGCCACUCCGCUGCCCAGCCGCCAGGAUUUCUGCCUGGAGCCCUUUGCCCUGUCCCUGCUGCCUGAGGUGGCGUAGAGCAGAGGAGAAGAAUUUGCUCCAGGCCAGGAGCACAAAUCAUUGUUCAAUGAAUUUCUCUCCAACUCGACCUUGGUAAACGGAAAUGUUGGGGGUGAAGAGAAACAAUCACUAUUUUUUUUCUUUUUUAUCUGGUAAAUAAUUAAAAGAAAAACCGGAACACUU